AUGGCGCCGCCAAAUCGACACGGCCAUGAUCAGCAGCCCCUCCUGCACGACGACCACCACCACCAUGACGUCGAGGCCGAUUCCCGCUUCACCAUCGACGAUGACAUCGGCCACAAUGACGACAGCAACGACGUCGGCCCCCAGAGAUCUGCUCGGGCAAACGCCGCACCAAAGUAUCCGCCGCUGCCGCCCUCUUACGACGACACCAUGCGCAUAGACUCGCAGUCCUCAAAGUGGAACCCUGCCUCGUGGUUUACCCUCUCGCGCACCACCAGAGAACACCUCCAGGCAUGCGUACCCCGCUCCGCCCGCAACGGACAGGGCCUCUCGGGCCUCCUCUCGGCCAUGUUCGCCAGCAUGCCCCGCUGCUGGCCCGCUAACCGCUUUGCACAGGCCAGCAUCUUUAUCCUCGGCCUCUGGAUCAUUGUCAUCUUCACCGGCCCCAGCCUCUACGACUCGGCCACCGGCACAAACUCGCCCGUCAUCCACCAGGACUGGGACUACAAUCACCUCCCCGAGUCCAGACCCGCACCCCUCAAGGGCGACGGCAAAAUCGUCCAGGAAGCUUCCUGGAAGCUGCAGGGCUGCAUCACACAGAGCGAACCGGUCAACAGGGUCCUCUGCACAGAGACUGCCGCCUUUCUCCUCGAUCCCAACAAGGCAAAAGACAGCUUCAGCUCCACGGACUCGAUCUUUGUCGACGUCGACCCGUCCCGGAGCGGCCGCGAAGAGCCGGCUGGCAGCGUUCCGGGAACCAUCGAGUUCGUCCACGAAGACUAUCCCGGCUCGGACCGCGGCGAAGCCAAAGGCAUGGUCCAGGUCGAAAUCACCGCCAAAUACGACCAGAAGUACAAGUUCCUCUUCGACAAGAGCUUGGUGGCAAAAACCAAGCGGGGCGUGUUUGACGAGGGCGUCGAGAUCCUCACCUACGCCAAGGCCGGCUCGGAAGACAAGAGCCCGCUCGUCUACAAGCUCCGCGUCCGCAUCCCCAAGGGCAUCAACGUCCCCACCAUGAACUGCGACGCCGGAGCGUCCAACAUCGACGCCCUCUUCGGCGUCGAGACCGAGUCAGGCUCUGUCCACGCCCGUGGAGGCGCCAAGAAGCGCACCCGCGAGGCACUGCAGAAGAGGGAUAACCCCUGGGACGGGAGCUUCUACUUUGGCAAGUUCCACGCCAAGACGCAGCUCGGCCACAUGUCGGCGUCCAACAUCCACGCGCUUGCCGAGAUUGAGCUCAGUGCGACCAACGGCAACCUCAAGGUCGGCGGCAAGCUCGUCUCUCGUCACGUCGGGGCACGGUCCGCCAAUGGACACAUCACCCUCAGCCCUGGAGCGAUCGUCGAGGCCUACUCCGACGUCCUCAUGCAGACGUCCAACGGGCGGAUCAGCCUCGAGAAGGACUCGUCGAUCCGGGCGACGACGAUCCGGGCAGAGACUGCCAACGGCCCGAUCGAAGCGUCUGAUGCGACGCUCCACGCCAACCACACGCUCUCACUCCACUCGGACAAUGGGCGCAUCGAGGCGGCCGUGUCGGUGCAUCGCGCGGACCUGUCGAGCCUCGACGGACCAGGCCUGGAGCCGACUGAGGUCGUUUCGGUCGAGGCCACUUCGGCCACGGGACCCAUCAAGCUCACGUACAAGGAGCACGAGGCCGGCGUGCCGCUCCACUCGAAAGCGGUGAGCGAGCUGGCCAAGAUUGAAGUGCACCACCACAAGGAGUUCCAGGGAGCCUGGGACCUGCGCGGCGCCACCCAGUCCAAGAUCCGGGGACCGGGAACCAAGGACGGUGCCCUCGACAGCGGGCGCAAGAGGCGGUUCGUCGUCGACGCCGACAACUUUGGCUGGAUCAAUCGGCACGCGCGGGGUCGCAUCUGGUGGGAGCGCGAGGGGCAACAGGGGCAGAUUCUGGCCGGGGCGCGCUCCCAGCUCGCCACGCAGCUCGGCAUGGCGAUGGCCUUUUUCGAGUGA